AUGGAUAGUCUUGAGGAUUACAUUGAAAACGUCAUCAAGUCAAACUAUGAGGCCCAUCGUGGGCCCACGAUUUUAUUUGGCAUCCUGACAUUCAUUGGGUUUGUCCACUUUACACUCAACUUUCUUAGUUAUUUCAACAUGAUUGGCGAUCUCUUUUUCCGCCGUCCCACAGAUUUUAGCAAAUACGGCGCCGGGAAAAAAUGCUGGGCUGUAGUCACUGGCGCUUCUGACGGCAUUGGCAAAGAAUACGUCUACCAAUUGGCCAAAAAAGGCCUCAAUGUCAUUCUUGUAUCUCGUACUGAAGCAAAACUCAAGGCCCUUUCCGAGGAAGUCUCCUCCAAGUACAAGGUCGGCACCAAGUACCUUGCCUUUGACGCUUCUACCGAUAAGCCCGAGAACUACGAGGCACUCAAAAAACUUGUGCGAUCGACAGAAAACGUUACUAUUCUUAUCAACAAUGUGGGCCAGUCACACUCCAUCCCUGUACCCUUUUUGGAAACUUCCCAGGAGGAAUUGCAAAACAUUAUCACCGUCAAUAACCUUGCUACUCUUAAAAUUACCCAAGCUGUGACUCCUAAAAUCAUUGAGUCCACUGCCAGUGUCGGUUGCAAGGGCCUCAUUCUUACUAUGGGAUCCUUCUCCGGUCUUACCCCGACCCCACUACUUGCUACCUACUCAGGAUCCAAGGCUUUUCUCCAGGCUUGGAGCAAUGCCCUUGCCCGCGAGCUUUCUCCUGAAAACAUUGAUGUCCAGAUUGUUCUCUCCUACCUUGUUACCUCUGCCAUGUCUAAGGUUCGUCGUUCCUCUGCCCUUAUCCCCACUCCUAAGCAGUUUGUCCACUAUGCUCUUAAGCUUGCUGGUACUCAGCACGGUGGUGCCCAAGAACGUUACGCCACCUCGACGCCAUACUGGUCCCACGCCUUGUUUCACUGGUGGAUCAAUGCUGUUCCUGGAGUCUGGAGUAAGUUUGUAAUCAACAUCAAUUACAGAAUGCACGUUGGCAUUCGCGAGCGUGCUCUUAAAAAGGCUGCUCGUUUGGCUGGCAAGUCCGAGGAGGAAUCGGCUUCUGCAGAGACCAAGGCCAUUAAGGAGGAAUAA